ACCGCCUCUGCCGGCCGGACGAACGCGGAAGAAUCUCUCGUGAACUCGCUCGGCUCGGCGAUCGGGCUGCAACUGAACCUACGUUCAGCGAUAGUUAGCAGCUGUUGCUGUUUUUUGUUGUUGCUUGUUGCUGCAACUGUUGUUGCUGCAACUGUUGUUAACGUAGCGAGCCAGGGUGUUGAGCGGAGAGCGAGAGAAGCGAUGUUCGCGCUCAGGGUGGCCGCCUCUGCCUGCCUGCGUGUGCGCGGCGUGCAGGCUGUCUCGGCGCCGUGUCUCCUGGCUGCGCGCCACCGCCUCUGCUCGUCAUCCUCCUCGUCUGCGCCCUUCGCUAUCGACCGUCUGGACCACCUCGUGCUGACCGUGCGGAGCCUCGACCGCACCAUCGCCUUCUACACGCGCGUGCUGGGCAUGCACGAGGUCACGUUCAAGGGAGGUCGCAAGGCGCUGGGCUUUGGGAAGCACAAGUUUAACCUCCACGAGGCGGGGAAUGAGUUCGAGCCCAAGGCCAGGCUCCCGACUCCCGGCUCCAUCGACCUGUGCCUCAUCACGCACGCGCCCAUCGGCAGCGUCGUGCGGCACCUGCAGGAGUGUAACGUGCCGGUGGAGGAGGGCCCCGUGAUGCGGACGGGAGCCACGGGCCCCAUCGUGUCCGUCUACUUCCGCGACCCCGACCACAACCUCAUCGAGGUCUCCAACUACGAUCACAGCGACCCCGCCUCGUCCGCCUCGUUGGCCUGACACGCCACGCUCGCCACGCUCUCCACGCUCUCCACGCUCGCCACGCUCGCCACGCUCUCCACGCUCUCCACGCUCCUCUCCGACCGUGUCCCCACAACCGCGUCCACCCCCCCCCCCGCCUCUGGCUAUGACCUUCGUCGAAUUUGUCCGAUGCACGACGCCGAGAUUGAUUUUUUCGCACCUCUAAUUCACGCUCACGACGAUUUGUUUGUCUUGUGUUCUGCAAUAUGAUUCCUUUAACUUGUGUGUGUUCGCCUUCCCCAAUCUACGUGCUCGUCUUUCUGUUCAUCACAACCACGCAAGCUAUCGGGCCACCGUGUGGAAUCAUUGGAAGAUUUGUUUGUAAAAAAUAAAUGCAAUUGAAAGUG